AUGAGUGGGGAAAAUCAGUCGGUGUUGGUGGAGUUCCUCUUCCUGGCCUAUCCCUCCCGCCUGGAGCUGCGUGUCUUAUGCUUCUUUGGCCUCAGCCUGGUCUAUGUGUUGAUCGUCGCUGGGAAUGUGCUCAUCGUGGUGUCCAUCCAGACCGAAGCCCGCCUGCACAUGCCCAUGUACUACCUCCUGGGCAGCCUCUCGGGGAUAGAGCUGUGCUACACCGCGGCGGUGGUGCCACACAUGCUGGCCAAUGCCCUGCGGUCCCAGCCGAGCAUCACCCUCCUGGCCUGUGCUGCUCAGAUGGUUUGCUUCAUUGGCCUGGGCAGUGCAGACUGCUUGCUCCUGGCUGCCAUGGCCUAUGACCGAUACGCUGCCAUCUGUCACCCCCUGCAGUACCCUCUCGUCAUGACAGCAGCUGUCUGUGUCCGCCUGGUGGUGGCAUCUGGCAUCCUUGGCUUUUUCCUGUCCUCACAGCUCGUAGCCUUCAUCUUUUCUCUGCCAUUCUGCCGCGCCCGGGGUAUCCAGCACUUCUUCUGUGACGUGCCCCCUGUCCUGCAGCUCGUGUGUGCCAGCGGCCGCAUCCACGAGUGGUCAGUGCUGGGGGCGGCCACGCUGGCCAUCGCUGUGCCUUUCUCCCUCAUCGCCGCCUCCUAUGCCUUCAUAGUGGCCGCAGUGCGCAGGGUUCGGUCAGCAGCAGGGCGCCGCAGGGCCCUCUCCACCUGCACCUCCCAUCUGGCGGUGGUCCUGCUGCAGUAUGGCUGCUGUGCAUUCAUGUACCUGCGCCCCGGCCGCAGCUACCGCGCAGGGCAAGAUCAGCUCAUCUCCCUCGUGUACACGCUGGGAACCCCGCUGCUCAACCCCGUCAUAUACACCCUGAGGAACAGCGAGAUGAAACGGGCGCUAGGGAGAGUCCUCACCAGGACCUGCCGCUCCUGCAACCUGGAGAGGCCAGCGCCUCACAGGCUGGGGUUUGGUGACAGCCAGCGUGCCUCCAUGUGCAGUAAGGGAAUCUCUCAGCUGAUGCUCAAAUGA